AUGUCCAACUCAAAUUCACUAAGACAAGAUGUUAUACUCGAAUUGGAGUUUCUUCAAUCAUUGGGUUCAAAAAUAUUCCUUUAUCCUUUUACAGGGCGAUCAAAAAUAAAAAUGGUAGGUUACUUUAUUGUCUACGUUCUUGUACUCUGCACUGCUGUUCAACUCGGUCUCACACUAUUUUCAUAUAAUACCAAAGAUUGGUUGGAGAUCAUCAAUGUAGCUCCAAAUCUAGGAGUAGUUAUUAUGACCGCAAUAAAAUAUACUAAAAUGCAGACACACAAGGCUUUGUAUGAAGACAUUUUUAAACACUUUCAUGAUGACGUGUGGGAUAUUGUUGCGAUUGAUUCCAUCGCUCAUCAGAAUAUUGUCAAGAAAUAUAAACAGAUAACUAGGAUUAUAAACAGAUUUUUAUUUUAUUAUUCCAUUCCACUCACGAUCGUGGUCGAUUCAUUUCCUUAUCUCGUAAUGGUAUAUGAAAAUACAGUUCAUGGAGUUACUGAUGAAUAUUUGUAUCCUUUUGAUGGAUGGUACCCUUUCGACAAAGUUAAAUGGUACUUCGUAGCUUAUAUAUGGGAAAGUUUUAUGACUGCAAUCGUGGUAUGCGUGUAUUGCUUUUCCAAUAUGAUACACGCAUCAUGCAUCGGUUUUAUUUGCAUGGAACUUAAAAUACUUGGAAACUGUUUAGAAGAAAUAAUAAGUCAAGAUGAUGUCGUCAAAAUAACUAAGGGACGUAACGUUGAUAUUAUACAUAAAACAGUUUUGAAAAAGUUAAAAAUAAUAAUAGUGAAACAUGACUUUUUAGCAAAAAGAUCGGCUAAACUCGACGCAGUUUUGGGUGAUGCAAUGCUUUUAAACUAUUCCCUAGGAGCUGUAUUCAUUUGUCUAACGGCUUUCACAUUCACGGUAGUUGACAAUCUGUAUAAAUCUGUGCGGUAUUUUUUUAUGUUUAUGUCACUACUGGUUGAAAUAUUUAAUCAAUGUCUUAUUGGACAAAUUUUGAGUGAUCACAGUGAGAAUUUGACAGAAACAAUAUAUUAUUCAAACUGGCUUUACGCUAGUCCCGAAGUUAAAAAAAUCAUGCUUAUGUUGAUAGCGAGAACUCAAAAACCUUUCAAGUUAACUGCAAAUGGAUAUCUUACAAUGAAUAUGAACACUUUAGGCAGCAUUUGCAGCACAUCUUUUCAACUCUUCAACUUACUAAGAACUAUUUAUUUAUAA